CAUUCUUUUCUCCAUAAUAACAAUGGCCACAGCUGCAACUACAUAUGCGCUUGUCUUCUGUCUAAUUUACUCUCUGACGUAUAUUUCCGCCGGAGAAGAGAAAUCGCCGCCCAGGCGGACGGAGGAGGAGCUGAAGAAUACGUAUGAGUUGUGGCUGCUUCGCCAUGGCAGAGCGUAUAACGCCUUGGGAGAAAAGGAGAGGAGGUUUCAGAUCUUUAAGGACAAUUUGAGGUUUAUUGAUGAGCAUAAUUUCUCCGGCAACCGGAGUUACACCGUCGGGUUGAACCGGUUUGCUGAUGUCACCAACGACGAGUACCGAUCCAUGUAUUUGGGUACCAAAUCCUACGCUGAUCGUCGGAUUGCUAAGCUGCAGAGAGCCGGGAUUAGCCAACGGUAUGCCGUUCAGAGUAACGAAAGGUUGCCGGAAAAUGUUGACUGGCGGAAGAGCGGAGCCGUUGCUCCGGUCAAAGAUCAAGGAAGCUGCGGGAGCUGUUGGGCAUUCUCGACGGUGGCGGCGGUGGAGGGAAUCAACAAAAUAGUCACCGGAAAACUGAUCAGUCUGUCGGAGCAAGAACUUGUCGACUGUGAUCAUAAAGAGAACAGCGGUUGUAAUGGCGGAGGGAUGGACGACGCCUUCGCGUUCAUCAUCUCCAAUGGCGGACUCGACACAGAAUCCGACUAUCCAUACAAGGGUGUCGACGGCGUUUGCGAUCCGAUUCGAAACAAGGCAAAAGUUGUUAGUAUUGAUGGUUAUGAAGAUGUUCCUCCAAUGAACGAGAAAGCUUUGAUGAAAGCCGUAGCGCACCAACCCGUGAGUGUCGGAAUAGAAGCAUCCGGCCUCGGUUUUCAAUUAUAUUCAUCGGGCGUGUUUACGGGUUCAUGUGGAACUGAUCUAGACCAUGGUGUGGUUGUGGUGGGAUAUGGUUCCGAAAAUGGGAAGGACUAUUGGAUUGUUCGGAACUCAUGGGGGAGCCGAUGGGGUGAGGAUGGAUACCUUCGGAUGGAGCGUAAUGUGGUUGGAACACGCACCGGCAAGUGUGGGAUCACGAUGAUGGCUUCUUACCCGGUCAAGUACAGAAGCAAGAACCCCAAUAUCUCAAACAAUGUUUAUACUGAUCAGAUAAGCAGUACCUGAUUAUUAAUAUUCCGAUACACGAGACGCUAAAAGGAAGCAAAAUGAGUUGGAUCAAGGGUGGUUUUCGCACACUUCUUGGUGGCUUUUGUUUAUGUCUAUGAACUCGUUCCGAGUUCUUGAUAUUUACCCUUUAAUGUAUUGUGAUGGUUUGAUUGUUUUUACGUCUUUUAAAAAGUAAUUGUAUCCUGCUUUAGUAAAAGAAGUAUUUAUUCAUAUA